GUAUCUGUCAAAAGAGAGGAGAGGUAGGAGGCAUUCCGAAAAAUGAUCACUCAUGGCUUGCAGGAGCAAGAGCCAGACAGGACUUUGCAACUGGCAGCUUCCUGAGUGCAUAAGACCUCCACCUCUAGACUAGCUCUUCAGUCAUGGUUAUCCCCUUCAGUCCAUUAUCCUCCAAUACAAUGCCCAUGCCUUCUGGGGCUUUGAGCUAAGUUUUGUUUAAAAAAUGUGGGGUUUCUUUUUGCCAAUUCAUUAAGGCUUUUCCCUUUGUUUUCUCCUGUUGGUAGUUCAGAGUUAAAUUCAGUAUGAAUAAGAGAGGGAAAUAUACAACACUGAAUUUGGAGGAGAAAAUGAAGGUUCUAAGUAGAAUUGAAGCUGGACGAUCACUUAAAAGUGUAAUGGAUGAAUUUGGAAUCAGUAAGUCAACAUUUUAUGACAUUAAAAAAAAUAAGAAGUUAAUUCUGGACUUUGUACUGAAGCAGGACAUGCCAUUAGUAGGGGCUGAGAAGAGAAAGAGGACAACCGGAGCCAAAUAUGGUGAUGUAGAUGAUGCGGUCUACAUGUGGUACCAACAGAAACGCUCAGCCGGUGUUCCGGUAAGAGGCGUGGAGCUUCAGGCUGCUGCAGAGAGAUUUGCACGGUGUUUUGGGCGAACAGAUUUCAAAGCUAGCACUGGUUGGCUUUUUAGAUUUCGAAAUCGGCAUGCAAUUGGGAACCGAAAAGGAUGUGGGGAACAAGUCCUAAGUUCAGUUUCUGAAAAUGUUGAGCCAUUUCGACAAAAACUGUCCAUGAUAAUCAAAGAGGAGAAACUGUGUCUAGCUCAGCUAUACAGUGGGGAUGAAACAGACCUCUUUUGGAAGUCAAUGCCAGAAAAUUCUCCGGCAAGUAGGAAAGAUAUCUGCCUACCAGGGAAGAAAAUAAACAAAGAAAGGUUGUCUGCCCUUUUAUGUGCAAAUGCAGAUGGAACUCAUAAAUUAAAGUCAAUCAUUAUUGGAAAAUCAAAACUGCCCAAAAGCGUGAAAGAGGACACAAGUACAUUGCCUGUGAUAUAUAAACCAAGUAAAGAUGUUUGGUUCACCAGAGAAUUGUUUUCAGAAUGGUUUUUUCAAAACUUUGUUCCUGAGGUCCGAUAUUUUCAACUUAAUGUUCUAAGAUUUCAUGAAGAGGACGUCAGGGCAUUGUUACUUCUGGACAGUUGCCCGGCUCAUCCUUCCUCUGAAUCCCUAAGCAGUGAGGAUGGUCGAAUAAAAUGUAUGUUCUUUCCCCAUAACACUUCAACCUUGAUUCAACCAAUGAAUCAAGGUGUGAUCUUGAGCUGCAAACGGCUGUAUAGAUGGAAGCAACUUGAAGAGAGUCUUGUAAUAUUUGAAGAAAGUGAUGAUGAGCAAGAGAAAGGAGAUAAAGGAGUUUCCAAAAUUAAAAUCUACAAUAUAAAAAGUGCAGUUUUUAACUGGGCAAAAAGUUGGGAUGAAGUAAAACAAAUAACCAUAGCAAAUGCAUGGGAAAAUCUUCUUUACAAAAAGGAACCUGAAUAUGAUUUUCAAGGCUUAGAAGAUGGGGAUUUUAGAGAAAUUCUUGAAAGAUGUGGGGAGUUGGAAACUAAGUUGGAUGAUGAUAGGGUGUGGUUAAAUGGAGAUGAAGAAAAGGGUUGUCUCCUAAAAACCAAAGGUGGAAUAACAAAGGAAGUUGUUCAAAAAGGAGGAGAAGCUGAGAAGCAGACUGCUGAAUUUAAAUUAUCUGCUGUAAGAGAGAGUUUGGACUACCUUCUUGACUUUGUUGAUGCCACACCUGAGUUUCAGAGAUUCCACUUCACACUGAAAGAGAUGCAACAAGAAAUAGUCAGGAAACAGUUCCAGAGUAAAAUCCAUUCUAGAAUUGGUAGCUUUUUGAAACCUAGGCCUCAUAAUAUUAAGGACUCCUUCAGUGGGCCUUCAACUUCUGGUUCUAAUCAUUAGAUUUUGUGUUUAAAGAUUUCUGCCAUUAUAUGAUGUAGGCCAGCUGUGAAUUGUCAUGUUUUAGCAACUGACAUUAUUUUGUAUAUCAGUGCCCAUUUAUAUAAAGGUUAUAAAAUUUACAGUUUGAAAAUAA